AUGGCCAGUCAAUUUGAGUAACGUUAUUGUUUUACGUUAUCGCAGUUUUACGUUAUCACGCAUUGACAUGACAACGUCAUUUAGCAACUUUUAGCAACAAAUCAACCUGCCUCUAGCAACUUACCCUGCAAAUUAGUUGGAAACACUGUUUGUACGCAGACUUUUUUGAGAAUUUACAAUAUUGCAAUAACGUACUGCUAAGCAAACCUGCAACAUGAGUUCCUCUGAGGCAAAGACUAUUACAGUUAUUGGCAGUGGGUUGAUUGGACGCUCCUGGGCCAUGGUGUUUAUGAGUGGGGGCUACAGAGUGAAGAUCUAUGACAACCAGGCUGCCAGGGCCUUCCAGGAGGUCAGGUCAGUCCUGGAAAAUAAGGCGAAACAUCUUGAGGAGCUGCAGGAAGCUCACAUACUGAGCGGGCAGCUGAGUGCCUCAGAGCAGCUAGCCCUACUGAGCAGCCACGACCUCCCUCAGGCACUAGCGGGAACCUUCUUCAUCCAGGUGAACCCGCCCUACUACUUGCGUCUGGUGGAGCUGGUGCCACACCCAGAGACGUUGCCGGGGGUGAUGGACACCACCCAUGCCCUGAUGACCGCUGUGGGCCAGGCUCCUGUCAGGCUGAAGAAGGAGAUUGAUGGCUUCGCCCUGAACCGUGUGCAGUACGCCAUCAUCGCUGAGUCCUGGAGGCUGCUAGAGAACGGUGUCAUCUCAGUCAAGGACAUUGACCUGGUAAUGUCAGAGGGGCUGGGAAUGCGCUACGCUUUUAUUGGUCCCAUGGAAACCAUGCACCUUAAUGCACCUGAAGUCCUAUUGUGCCAGUCUAUUGCCAUCUUCUCAAGUGAUGAAUUAACAUCGGCCUGGAUAAGAUCUUCUCAUUGCCUUAAAGUCUGGCCAACCCUCUAUGUAUGGUCCACUCUCCCAGGUCUGGAGGACUAUCUCCAGCGAUACAGAGAGGGCAUGAGGAGGGUUCUGAACGCCUUUGGACCUGUUCCCGAAUUCUCUGGGGAGGCAGCCGAGUGCAUCAACAAAGUAGGCUUAUCUGAACCGCAGCACCUGUCUGCUAGGAGAGAGAGGAGGGAUCAGCUCCUCAUGGGCCUGGCCAAGCUCAAGAAGUGACCACAGGACACCACUGAUGUACAAGAUGGGCUUGUGUCUGGGACUCUUCUGUCCGUCACUCAGGCCUUCACUGACCCUCACUCAGCCUGAGGAGCAUGUUGAUGAGAAUGAUCUGAUCUCUCAGUGGUGCCUACACUGGGGAUGUUAAUGAAUACUGUAGUCCUGAGUCCUCACACACAAUCAAUCGCUCAACCAAUCUGGGAUGUUACUGUAGGAGCCCACACACACAAUAAACCAAUCUGGGGAUUGAUUGCCAUGCCUUCUCAGAAAUAUAACCAUGUUUUAUGCAAUCAACAAGUUGAUGAUCAGACAAAGGAAGUAAUGGUUUGGUCAUACCACAAUGGUUUCUUGAAUUGUGAAUAUGAAUUGUUAAUGUGAUAAACUUGUUUUACGAUUUUACAUUUUUUUUUUUAUUAAAAUGUUGAAUUUCUCUUGGAUUGGAAUACAUUUGAAUUGUCCUUAUCAAGAACUAAAGAUAAACAACAAACAUGAAUUGAUUGAAGAUACAUCAUGGGGUUUUUCAUAUUGUGUUACGUCGCAUUUUGGACAACUAUGAUUGGAAUCUGUUAAAUGGGUUGAACAUCCAAAAAAAAUAAUCUCUUCCCUCUUCCGUCAUGCCUACAUUUGUUCUGGUGAUCUUGUGACUCAUGAUGACUAUGUACUUUAUACAGUAUGCUUGACCAGUGAUUAACACCGAAUUCAAGUGUCUCGAUCUGUCAACAGUACAUUUGAAAUGAAUGUGAUCACAGGGUGUAUUCAGUGAAAUUAAACGUUCAGAAUGUUUAAUCAUAUAGAGCGAGGAGUGGAGCGAGUUUCCCAAAGGCAUGGUCCUUCUCGCCCGCUCCAGUUUCUCUCCAGUAGCGCUCACUAGACGGGCUCAGGGCAUCGCCGGCCCAGCAUGCAUUUGUAGUCUACUUGUGUGCUGCUAUAGCCCUUUGCUUUGGCUACUGUUUUUUAGUAUGCAAAAUAUUUUCAUUAAGAAACUGAUAAAACACACAGGUGAAAAAUCAAGGUGACUUACAAAGAUGAGGAGGAGUGAGUGCUGUGUUGUCUUAUUUUUUUUUAUUAAAAUGUUGAAUUUCUCUUGGAUUGGAAUACAUUUGAAUUGUCCUUAUCAAGAACUAAAGAUAAACAACAAACAUGAAUUGAUUGAAGAUACAUCAUGGGGUUUUUCAUAUUGUGUUACGUCGCAUUUUGGACAACUAUGAUUGGAAUCUGUUAAAUGGGUUGAACAUCC